ACACGCUCAACAAUGGUUUACCAAAUCGACCUCUCUGGCGGCACCAUCGUCGUCACCGGCGGCAACCGUGGUAUCGGUCUCGCAAUCUCUGAGGCCGUUGCCAACGCUGGCGCCAACGUUGCCAUCAUCUACCACUCCAACCCUCAGGCAGAGGAGGCUGCCGCCAACGUUGCCAAGAAGUACAAUGUCAAGACCAAGGCCUACAAGUGCGACGUCGGAGACAUUUCUCUCGUCGAGAAGACGAUCAGCCAGAUUGAGAAGGACCUCGGCACCCCCAUCACCGGUCUCGCCGCCAAUGCCGGUGUCUCGGUCGUCAAGCCCGCCACUGAGCUCACCACCGACGACUUCCACAAGGUCUUCAACGCCAAUGUCCUUGGUGCCUUCAACUCGGCCCAGGCCGUCGCCAAGCACUGGAUUCAGAAGCAGCAGAAGGGUUCCAUCGUCGUCACCUCGUCGAUGAGCUCGGAGAUCUACAACCAGAAGGGACUCAACGAGCCUCUGACUCAGAUCUUCUACAACGCUUCCAAGGGUGCGGCCACCAACAUGGUCAAGGGUCUCGCCGCCGAGUGGGCGCCUCACGGCAUCCGUGUCAACGCCCUCGAGCCUGGAUUCUGCAACACCGAGCAGACCUCCGGCAUGGACCCCAAGAUUCGUGACUGGCAGGCAAAGUCGGUCCCCCUUGGCCGCUUCUCGGAGCCCCGCGAGCAAGGAGAGCCUUGCGUGCUCCUCUUCUCGGACAAGGCCUCGUACAUCACGGGAUCGCAGCUGCGCCCCGAUGGUGGCUUCACCGCCUACUAAAGAGAUGGCAGCCCGUCUUGGCAGCGUGCAGUGGUUGCAGAUGGUCUCAUAGAUGCCUUGAAGCUCC